GCUCGAGGAGGCCCCCCUUCUGGGGCAGCCCGCCGGCCGCGGUCCGUUUUUGGACGCCCUCUCUUUGGGGCCGCGUAGCGGCCGCCGCGGCGCGGCGACCGUGCCGGCCAUGGCCGCCCCAGCCUUCUUCAACCCCACGGCGGGUGGCGCUGGCGCGGACUCGGGCCCUGUGGCGCCGCCCGCGAGGAAGGGCCCGCGGGAGCAGUCGCGCACGGUGAUCGCCCAGGCGCUCGCCGAGGGCACCGCGCUUGAUCCUGCGGAGGCGUCGGAGGCUAUAGAGGAGGCAAUUUUUGAGAUGCACCCCGACGAGUCGAAGAAGGAGUACCGCACGAAGGUGAAGCUCGUCGCCCAGGGGCUCAAGGGCCCCCGCUUCGCUCAGCUGCGGGCCGCGGUGCUCCAGGGCGACGUGACCGGGCAGGACGUCGUGUGCCUGGACGCCAAGGCUCUCCAGGACAAAGCGGCCAAAGCGGCCAAGGAGCCCCUCGCCGCCAUGUCUGGGCGCAGCUCUGAAAACGGCCCGCGGCCGAUGAGGAGGGCGAUUGUCCGCUUGGCAGGGCCAUAACACACCAUUCGGAGGGACCGCCAGCGCCGCAGAUAAGGAGGUAUAUCAAAUUGCCCGUCUGUUCUGCAUGGUCGAACCUGGAUCUCGAUUCUGCCUCUGCAACGAAAGGUGGCCAGUAAAACUGGGUGUUUCCCGUUCGAUUGUCGCCAGCCAGCGCUCCUUGUUGCACUUUUGUGUGCUGUUUCUCAUUUUUUGUUUUGUUUUUUGUUUUUCUUUGUGUGUUAUUUGUUUCGUAAAACAACGUGC